CCCGGAGGCCCCUCGAAGCAAGACCAUCCGGAGAGCUGCCAGGGUUGGUCUUUCCAAAAAUCGCUGAGGAGUCAACUGGCGCAAACUGGGAGACGCUCCUCUGCUCCGGCGGCAGGCGUAGAUCAUCCGCCAGGGCACCCGAGGCUCUCUCUGCCCCUGAACCAACCUGGAAGCCCGAAGGAAAUGGAUCAAGAAAAUAUUUCUCCUCCGGGAAAUCCUGGAGAAGUCCCACCAGUGAAUAUCUUUGCCAGCGCCCCGUCCAACAGAAACCUAGAGAAGUUCCAGAACCUGGACUGCAAGACCACACACUCCAACCUGGAAGUGGUGGAAAACUCCACCUUCGUAUUCCUGGCAACCAAACCCCAUGUCCUCCCUGCAGUCCUGCAAGAAAUAGCACCGGCCGUCCACUCCCACCACGUUGUCAUCUCCAUGGCGGCAGGCGUCACCCUCCAGACCCCUGCAACUAGAGCCCCCACAGCGUCUAUAA